AUGGCGGCCGAGGCGGGCGCAGUUGGGGUGCAACUGCUGGACUCGCGUGGGGUCGGCAAGGUGCCGACGUUCUCGGGCAAGCGCGAGGACCUCGAGGACAGGAUCUUCCCGUUCGAGAGCUACCGUGGCCUGCUGGGCUGGACAGCGGGCCUGGAGAUGGCCAGAGACGCGGAUGAGCAGCUCAGGCCAGAGGACUUGGGCGAUCAAAGAGUGCAGGUGGGCAGGAGCUUGUACCAAUUGCUGGCGAGCACGACGAAGGGUACGGCUCAGAGCAUCGUGAACUUGCGCCCCCGGGGUGACGGCUUCGAAACCAUGAGGAGGUUGUACGGUGAGUACCGCCCGAGGCUGAACGAUGAGCACGGGCAGAUGCUCCAGCAGAUCCUGACGCCGCUCGGGUGGAAGGAACGCGAGGGCAAGGAACGCUUCACGGAGGUGCUGGUUGCAUGGGACGAGCUGGUCUCCCGCUACGAGCGGGCAACGGGCGAGGAGGUCACGCAGAACAUGAAGACGAGUGCGAUCAUGGCGCACGCUCCCGACGACCGGGACGUGUGGGGCGACAUCGGCCAGAUGCGCAACUGCAUCUUCGAAGCGGUGAUCGGCCGGAGCGGGGUGAUCGCGAAGCCGCCGACGGCCAGCAGGAGCAGCAACGACAUGGACGUCGACGCGAUCUCCAAGGGCAAAGGCAAGGAUGGUAAGGACAAGUGCCAGAUUUGCAACAAGCCGAACCACGCGGCUCGCGACUGUUUCUGGCGCGACAAGGACAUGCCGAAGGGUGAUGGCAAAGGCCGAGGAGCAGCUGCGGGCGGCAAAGGCUUCGGCAAAGACGGCAAAGGCAAAGGCAAAGGCAAGGGCAGCUACGCGUUCACGGGCAAGUGCGACUAUUGUCGCAAGACGGGCCGCAAAAAUGCAGACUGCAGGAAGCGGAUCGCCGACGAGAAGGCCAAGGGCAAUGCUGCGAUCGAGCAGGAGAGCACGGAGCUGAAGACGGUGACCAAGAUAGAGUGCGCUGAGUUCGAGUGCGAGAUCUGCGACGACGACCAGCUCUACUGCACGGCGGUGAAUGCCGCAGACGGCGACGCGGAGUGCUGCGGCAUGGAGCUCGACGGGGCCACCUUCAUCACGCUGGACACGGCGAGCGAUUGCUACGUCGGCCCGACCGCCUUCGGCGAGGGCUGCAGGAAGAUGGCGGGCGAUGGGCCGAGGCUGCUGGGCGCGCAGAGGCAGGUGAUGGACAAGGCUGUGGAGUCCUGGCUGAGCGCGAAGACGGGCGCGUGCAUGUACCCAGCGCUACUGCGUGAAGGGCAGGAGAUCGUUCUGCACCCAGACAGCCGCGUGGAGGACACGCGGACCAGGCCCAGGGAGUUGGGGCGGCCGAUCUGCGGCAGGAAGAACGAGCUGUGGGCGAGACUCAGCGACGCGGAGCGAAGGAUCACGGCGCACCGCGCCCGGAUGAAGGAGCUGGAGCGCAGGCAGAGCGAGCAGCCCAUGAACUUCUACAUCUCACGAGAGCUCCAUGGCGCGAGGCCCGCGCGAGAGGAAAUGAGACGACCGAGCCGCGCAAGAAGCUCACCUUCGACGAAGGACGCGGGGAAGGCGCAGAUCACCCUGGACUUCUGCUACCUGAAGACCAACGGCGACUGGGCGGAGAUCGGGGGCGAGGAACCGCCGGCGGCGGACAUCUUCGCGACGACACUCGUGAUGGCGGACAGGGGCGCGCUGAUGUUCAACGCGGUUUCGAUGCCAAUCAAGGCAGUCAUCGACUACGCGGUGGCCAGCGCGUGCAGCUUCGUCGAGGGCAUGCAUCUCACGACAGCGGACAUCAAGACGGACGGCGAGCCGACGAUCCUGAACUUGGCGGAGGCGAAGGUGAGGACGUACAAGUUCGACUUGGAGAAGCGCUACGGCAUGGAGAUCCCCGCGGACGCACCGAUCUGGACAUCUCAUCAGGCUGCAUUCGGAGUGACCUACAACGGCGAUGUUCUCCCUGUCGCGGAGACGGCGCUCUUCAAGGUGCUGAUCUCCCACGCGAGGCAGAUCGCGGCGACGUCGCUCAGGCGCGAAGGCGAGUCGAGCUUCGUGGCGGGCAUCUGGAUCGGGAAGCACAAGGAGAGCGACGACGGCUUGUUCCUGACGCCUGCGGGGUGGCAUCAUGCCAGGACCUACGGGGGGCUGGGGCCAGCGCUGCGAGCUGACGCGAAGCUGACGAAGGCGGUGAAGGCCCUACCCUGGGAGGCGCGGAGCCCCAAGCCUUGCGAGCUGCUGUCCAAGGUGCAGCGACCUCUACCCACGAUCGCCCUGACGGCGGCGGAGCAGAAGGCGAAGGCAGAGGAGGAGAACGCGAUGGAGGAGGACGCGCCGAUGACGCCGAGGGGCCAGGUCAGGCCCGCGGACGGCGAAAACUUCGGCACACCUGGGAAGCGAGCGAGGCAUGUGGACGCGGUCUCGCUGGACGACCCCAUCGACUACAGUAUCCUGGACAGCCUGGGCACGGCAUCCUACGUGGCGACCAGGAGUGUGGGGCCCGCGGUGGAGCUCAAAGGGAAGCGGUGCGCGCUGGAGGUGCUGGCGCACUACGGCGUCCACGUGGACAUCCCGAGGAGCGAGAGUGGGGAGUUCAAGAUGAUCAAGGGGGGGAACCGCGGGACCUGUAUCGCGGACUGCGUGAAGGCCUACAACCAGGUGGACCAGACGGAGAAGGCUUGCGUGGAGCCACCGCCCCAGUACCUGGCCAUCUUGGCGGAGAUGUGCAGGUGCGAGCGCGAGCCGCAGUUCUAUCACCGCAAGGAGAAGGAGAUCCUGAUCGAGGUGCACAUGGUCGACUUCCACGGCGGAGGACCGAUGAAGAACUUGGGCGGGAUCAUCGCGAGGCUGAGGGAGGUGUUCGACUUGAAGGCGACGGGCGUCAUCAGGCAAGGGCGCUACUCUCACCUGAAUCGGCGCAGGUUGCGGCUCAUGAGCGGCGACGUGAUGCUGAGGCCGAACCGUAAGCACAUCGAGGACCUGAUCUUUGCGAUGGGCACGGAGAAGGCGAAGCCCGCGAAGGUGCCGAGCUUGACGGAGGAGGGUCCGAGCUGGAGCCCCGACUUGGACGAGGUGGAAAAGGCGAAGUUCGCACGGGCGUCGGGAUCUCGAUCUACAUCUCCCCCGACAGCGGACAUCCAGAGGGGCGUGCAGUUGCUGACGCGGCACUUGAGCCAGCCAAUGGAGAUCGACAGGAAGCGCUUGGUGAAGCUCGCGGGGAACCUCAAGCCAGGCGAGGUGAAGUUGCAGAUGUUCACGGACACGGGCUUCGCUACGUGCAAGGAGACACGGAGAGCGAUGACCGGCGGGUUCGCGAAACUUGACGGGGUGCACUUCGCGGCGUUCGCGAGGAGGCAGGGCGCCCAGGAGACAUCGUCUGGACAGUUCUACGGAGCGACUUCGGUGGUGAUGGGCGGAAAGCUGGUCAAGAACGUGCUGGAUUGGCUGGGCUACAAGGUGACCUGGGAGCUGGGGAUCGACAGCAGCGCGGCGAAGGCGAUGAUCAACAGAGAGGGCGUCGGCAAGGUGAAGCACCUGGACGUCGGGGCGCUGCGGAUCCAGCAGGGGCGGAAGGUGCACGGUCUCGACGUGAAGAAGGAGAGCGGCGAGAAGAACGUGGCCGACCUAGGCGCGAAGGCCCAUCCAGUGGCGAGUUUCGAGUACUUUCGGGAGCUGGCGGGCGUCGUCGACUGCGGCGAGAUGGACAAGCACAAGGAGGCUGGAGGCGUGAUCGGUGGCAACGAGCAUGAGCUGGGCAAGGAGAGGCCUGCUGGCCACCUUGCUGGCUCGGGAGCUGCUGGGAGUUCGGCGGCUUCGACGUGUGCAGUGGAGAGCUACGAGCCAAGGGCUGCCAACAUGGUGGCAGAGGCGAUCCAGAACACGAUCUACGAGUACACGGGGCAGAUUAUCAUGAUGACGGUGGUGGUGCUCCUAGGCGGUCUUGCUCGCGGGUACUACUGCAGGAAGAAGCUGAUGGAGCCACCCGAGGUGAAGUUUACGGACAAGCCGAUGAAGACGUGCGAGAAGGGCGAGAAGGGCAUCAAUGGCCCGAUCGCCAGCGGGAAAGCCAAGGUGAAGACUACGAAUCAGCCGAUCAUGAUCGACGAGACGAGCCAGGCGCCGUGCAAGUACAAGUGGAAGUGCCAGCGGCCGCGGUUCGUUCCGUUGCCGGAG